AGCCGGGCUUUGCUAAAAGCCCUGGCUGUAGGCGUCCCAAUCGCCGUUCUUACUAUAAAUAGCAAAGUAAACAAAAAACCUAAUAGCCUUCAAGAAGAAAACCUCCGAUAUACAAAAUAGUUAUCCUUAUAUUCUCCAAGCUAUGUAAUAAAAGUGCUAUUUUGUUUUAUUUUUGAGAAAUCAAGCAAAAAUCGUUUUAUUUAUAAUUGCCAAAUCUUUAUCAACGCUAUACACACGAGAUUGAAUAUUUGGACACAUAAACAUUCUGCGCAGGGAUAUCGCGAACUACUUUCCGAAGCGUGGGAAGAAGAAAAACAAAACAAACAGCGGCAUAUUCGAUUGAGAAAGAAAUACUAAACAUGAGUUCUGACACAGACCUUGCUACAAUAAUGAAAGCAGUUGUGGGACACUCUCCCUAUCCAAAGAAAUUGACUGUGAAAGUCCUUUGUAGUGACCCAGCAACAACUUAUAUCAAUGACAAGAAGGAAAAGAGAGAGCUGAUGAACACUGUUAUUGCAGACAGUUCCAAAGUGGUCAAAUGUGUGGUUUAUGAUGCUAAAAAAUUUCACAGGUUUAAAGCUGGCACCACCAUUAUUCUGAGAAACAUCAUUCGCAAGCCAGAUGGGAUAGCUGUAACAAGUGCGACAGUUAUAUUUCCUGCACCAAAAACCCUCAACCUCCCACCAUAUAUGGAGAAGGAAGGGAUGGCUAUUUUGCAUCCCCCCCCUGCUGAUGUGAAAACUGUGGAAGAAGCUUUGGCAUCUCCCACCAAAACCAAAGUGUCCGUCCGUGGGAAAAUCAUUCAGGAGGAAGCUACACGUUUGGUAACAGUCAAAAAUGAAGAAAAUGUAAAGGUGAAAAACAUCUUCUUGGAGGAUUCCACCAAAAAAUGCAAGAUAGCAUUGUGGAGAAAUCUAGCUGAUCAGACCAUCAGACCAGGUGACUACGUGGAGGUCUCUGACUGCAUUACAAACACCUUCAGAAAUGAGGUAUCCUUAUCUACCACGUCCAGGACAACAAUCACUAAAACAGAGUGCCCAGAAGAAAAUGUUAAAUGGGAGAUAGAAUCUGUGUGCAUUGAGGACAAGAACACUGCCACCCUGUUGCUGAAAGAUGACAGAGUUGUGACAGCACCGGUGAAGUCCCUCCUGGAUGCCUUUCCUGAGUGUGAAGAAAAGGACCUUGAAAAGUAUCUACUUUCCCUUUGUAGCCCAACUUUAGUAGUACAGUGUACAUUUAAGGGCAGUGAUUUGAUUGCCAUGAAAUUUUAGGUUCUUGAAUAUACAUGGGAUUUUAUUUUUUUGUGUGUUCAGAAUGUGUCAUACAUUCCCAUACUAUUUGCAACAAUUCAUGUUACUGCUUGUAUCAUCACAACAUCCCAUCUUGUUUUGUUUAUACAAGAGGUCUGUUUUGUAUUUUGCUUUGUGUUCACUUGUUUUUCAGACACAUUUUCUUUUGCAUGUCUUGAUGAAAUGUUUUGGCACUAUUUUCAAGCCUUAACUUGUUUCUCAUUUUUUCAGAUUAUUGUCAACACCCUUUCAAUGAUUAACAUUGUAUUUUUAUUCUAAUGAUGCUAUUUUUUUUUUUACAUGUUCUCUAUUCAAAUCAUUUUUGCAUAAUAUUAAUGUGCCAAACAUUGAAUAUUAUUUUGAUCUGUGUUGAAGUUUUCAUUUCAUUUAAUUGAAAUACUUAAAAUUCUUGUAACAAUUGCUAAAACAUUAACUUUUCAAUGCCCAACCUAAACUGAUUGUGUAAGAUUUGUACAUGUGGUGUGCAUUUGGAAAAAAACCAACAUUUAAGUCCUUGUAUUUUGAACUAAGCAUUGUUUUUUCAUUACAAUACAAUGCAUGUGCCUUUUCAUGAUAAUUAUGUAUUUGUUAGAAUUUAGACAUUCUUUGUACAUUCAACAAGGAUAACUUAGUAACCCUUUCUUAGAUUCGAGAUAUUGAAACUGCCAUUAAUGUUUCCUUGUAUUGAAAUGCUUUUCAUCUUGCUUUUAUUGGAUUUUUGUUUAAUGACUGUGGAAUUUUGGUAAAAAUUUUCAAUAAUUUUUUUAAUUUUUUUAGAUGGUAAAUUUGUACAAUGUGUUUUGUAUGGUGCUACCAAUAUUGCUAAUGAUGAGACCACAGUCAUUAUCUGUAUAUAUUUGUUCUUGUAUAUGUGUUUUAUUUUUUUUUUAUGUCAUUUUUUUGGGAGGAGGGGGUCAUUGAGUAGAUACAUAGCUCAGAUGUUGAAGAAAGACAAACAUUAGUUUUGGUUUUCUAAUGUCAUUUUAGUGAACAUUUUUAAAAUUUAGUUACUUGGCUCUUUGAGUAUACAAUGUCUUUUGUAUGGUGCCAGAUGAAUUUUGCUCAGUAUUGAUAAUGAGGAGACCAAACUCAUUAUGUGUAUAUGCUCAGGAUUGAUUAUGAUAACACACUCAAUAUGUGUAUAUGUGUAUAUGCUCAGGAUUGAUAAUGAUAAGAUCACUCUCAUUAUGUGUAUAUGCUCAGGAUUUAUAAUGAUAAAACUCUCAUUAUGUGUACAUGCUCAGGAUUAAUGAUAAUGAGAUCACUCUCAUUAUGUGCAUAUGCUCAGGAUUGAUAAUGAUGAGAUCUUAGUCAUUAUGUGUAUAUAUAUUGUUGUCUUUGUUCGUUUUUUUUUUUUUUUGGUAGAUAUGUAGGUAACAAGUUGAUGAUAAAAACAUUGUCUACUUCUGUACAUUUUUAUAUUUGUCCUUUUCUUUUAAUUCAUGAAUUU